AUGUCCGACAACGCUACGAUUGAAAGAGCAGAUCUAAAAGUAGAGGUCGAAGAAUCAACUGUGAUCCAAGAAAUGUUAGAAGACGAUGGAACUGCAACCACAACCCAAGAAGAGAAUUACGAAUUCAAAAACAAUUCGGCAAUGACGGACGACUCGAUAACUGCCGAUAAUUUAGAAGAAAUAAAAAUGGAACUAUUGCAACUGAAAUUACAGGAAAUGGAACUUUCGAAGCUGCAAGAUUCCGCAACUGGUGACAAAGAUGAUCAAGAAAUGCUACAAAAGUUGAAAUUGGAACUCGCCAUGGAGAAAGCAAAAAAAGAAAACACAAGAAGACAAAGAAUCAGAGAAGAAUGCGAAGGGGUGAGAAGAGAAAUAGCGAAGACCAAAGAAGAUGCAGUGGACGGACGGACAUUAACACAAGAUAAUGAUCAUAAAUAUACAUCAGAAUGCUCGAAAACGGUAGCUUCUGAAGCUGACGAACGAAUGCAGGAAGUAUUAAUCAAAUCGAGAAAGGAACUGCAAGACACGAAGCAAAAAGAACAAGAAGAAAUUAUUCAGAAAUUGAGACGUGAAUUAUCUGAACUGAAGGAAGCAAAAGAGGAGACCGCAAAAAGAGAAAAAGCUAGAAAAGAACGUGAACAGUUGAAAAGUGAAAUCGAAAGGUUGAAGAAAGAAAAGAAUGAAACCACAACAAGAGAAAUAGAAGAAUUUCAAAAGUUGAAAAAAGAAGUGGAAGAAUUGAAGGAAGCUGCUACGGGAGUACGAACAAGACAUAAGUGUGAAGAAUUGAAAAAAGAAGUGGAAGGAUUGAAAGAAGCUGCUACGGGAGUACGAACAAGACACAAGUGUGAAGAAUUGAAAAAAGAAGUGGAAGAAUUGAAGGAAGCUGCUACGGGAGUACGAACAAGAGAUAAGUGUGAAGAAUUGGAAAAGGUUAAGGCUAAGUUGGAAGAAUCUGCAACCAAAGUUCGCACGAAAACAAAAGUUGCCGAACUAGAAACGGAAAUACGAGCGGAAGAAGCGAGGAGAAGAGAAAUCAACCGUAUACUUCAGUUGAUGGCUGCUGCACAAGCAGUUGACUUGUGUUUUCUCGUUGAUUGCACUGGAAGCAUGGCAUCGUACAUUCAAGGAGUGAAAGAACAGAUUCAGAAUAUCGUUGAAAAAUCGAAGAAAAUGCUUCCGGAUUUGAAUUUCUCUGUCGCCUUCGUUGGUUAUCGUGACCAUUGUGACGACGCCGCCAGGAUAGUUAUCUUGGAUUUCACAACAUCAAUCUUGGAAUUUCAAAGUUUUAUGGGAUCUGUCGCAGCCACAGGUGGCGGAGAUGAGCCUGAAGAUGUUUUUGGUGGCAUUGAAGAAGUUGCCAAACUUUCUUGGAGUAAACAAACACGAAUCUUGUUCCAUAUCGCAGACAGCCCUUGCCACGGGACGCGUUUCCACGAUCCUAGUGUCGCUGACGAUUAUCCAAACGGGGACCCACGCGGACUGCAAAUUGAAGAUUUGUUGUCGAAACUGGAAGAGCUGAAUAUUAUCUACUGGUUUGCCAAACUUGGAAAUGGAACCGAUUUGAUGGUACAAGUUUUGCAGAGCAUUAUGAAGAUCAACCCAAUUGAUCUAGCUUCCGUGGAUGGUCUUGUGGACGCUGUUGCCGGUUCUAUCUCUGCUUCGGUGAAUAUCUACGAACAUGACGUUCUAGAAGAGGUGGUGAGAGGAGAUGUGAAAGGAGACUCGUGUCCUACAAAUUAG